UCUGAUUCGUGGCCCCGAGACCUGGCCCAACAUGAGGGACUGUAAAUAUGGUGAAGUUGUUUCUGAUUCUUUUUUUGUACCUGGCCUUCCCUUCUAAAGCAGUUAAAUCUUUCCAGUGUGCCCUUUCUCAGAGAAAUCCACUUCUCGUUUGAGAAAGUCUCCAGGCCUCCAACAGAGCUGUUGCCUGCCUUGGUUCUCCCCUGGACAGCCAGGUGGCAGCUGGAACUCUGCAUGGUUCCUUUUCAGGUGUCUGUACAAGUAGCUUCUACUCUGUGCAGGCAUGUUCUGUAGACACAAAUUUUACCCAGUUUGAUCACGUUUUGUUUCCAAAGCUCAGACUGAGGUUAAUCAGAAAUAGUUUUGUUAUCUUGUUUUGGAACAGAUUGGUACAGUUCUCAUGUAUCUGCCCACCAAACCAUUACUGUCUGCAAUUCAUUGAAAGGUUCUUCAACUGCAGGAAGCCUCACAAACUAAUAAUUCAAUUUAACUAAUUGCAGCAGGACUUUCCUGCUUUUAGACUUCCUCUUGAGUAACUUUGCAUAAAAGUAUUUGUGGAGCAGAUCAGGGUGACACAGGUGCUAGCACAGUGCUGGGUUGGGGCUGUGGUGAGCUGUGUUCUGGGCUCCUGAGACCCCAUCGUGGGCCAUGGUGCUGCACUCAGAGGGCUUCAUUGCAGGUUCAGACUUGAAGUAAGCAGUUUCUGGAACAUGCUGCCUUUGACUGAAGUUUGGUUUGUGCUGUAACACUUGGUGCUGUGGUGUAGAGCUAUGAACUGCACAGUGAAAGCUUUCACACAGAGCUGAUCCUUUCAAUUCCUGCCUGCUGAAGAGGGAAACAAUACCAUUGAUCUUCACAGAUUUGCAGGGGAGCAAAGAAAGUUGCUUUUGGUGAGAGGGCUGCCUGCUCUUACCUCUGGGAGAGCUGCUGGGGGUGUGCAGGGCCUGCACUGAUCCUCCUGCCCAGGGCUCAGGAGAGCCAAGUCCCAGGGGUUAGCACAGGUGUGAAAGGAGCCAGGUGAGCACAACAAAGGCCUCCAUCAUCCCAAGGGCCCACACGAUUCACUCCCCAUGGGCUGCUGAGGGUGCUAAUGAGCAGUGCAGGCUGUUCAUGAGUUGUGUGCAGUGGUGGGGCUGCACAGCAGCACAGGGAGAGGGCUGUUGGUGACACAGCCUGCAGCUGCACCCUGCAGCUCUGGCCCAGGGACUGAACAAACCUGUGCCAAAACCUCUGCCACCACCGUGCUGGUGCUUCUCUGCCCCCUGCCCUCACUGUGCACCAUUCAGGAUGAAGUCAGUGCAUUGCUGGGCUGUGACAGCCUUUAAAUGCAGCCUUGAAGAGCUUUACCUUUUAACCCAUACUAACUUUUUGUUCCAUAGCCCAUGAUUGUGUUGUCAAAGUUUACACAUUCUACUACCUUAAAAAUUUUGAAAAGGUUAAAUGGACAACUCGCAAGAAUUUAAAUAUAAAGAAAGGGGAAGAAUUGUAGCUGGAGGUUCUAGCAUAUUAAAAUUUCUGGCUCCAGUCAGUGUGUGUGUGUGUGUAUAGGUCAGCCAGCAUAGAAAUUACUUCAAACAACCUGAAAAAGUUUGGCUUUUGCUGGGUAAGGCUGAUCUCCAUCAGAUUCAGCUUCUUUUGAACUUGAAAUGAGUGUUUGCUUCCAGAAUGUGCAGUAAGUCAACUGGAAAUGUAGAUUUGGUGGCUCAUGGGAUCAUAGAUCUCUUCCAGUGAAAUACAGUUACGUUUGAAAAGUAGUUCAUUGCAAAAAGUUGCCAUGACAAUGAUUUUUGAAAAUGUGAACUGUAAAAUGUUUAAACAGGUUCCUGGGGAAUGAGGUUGCACAGCACCCUGUGUUCCUCCCUGGUGAUUUAUGAAAGGAAUUAUUUAGAUGCAGGAGGCCAAAUGAAAUUAACACAGAUGUGCCAGAUGCUACAUUUUCUUAAAUUCUUGAAAUUCAUGGGAUGCUGUGGUCAAAUAGGAAGAAAUUCAAGCUGGUACUUCUGCCCUGAGAGGGGCAGACACUCCUCUGCUCCCCUGCAUGUUGAGCUGCCUGUGCACCCACUGGAGUGUCUGCUGCAAGAGCUGUGAAGCCAUGGAGGAGGGAAAAAGGGUGGUUGCUUGUGUGGAAAAUGAGGUUUGGGAGCAGACUAUAUAAACCCAGUGUGAAGUAGACUUUUUGGUCUCCAUCUCAACAGUAAAAGCCUAAAAAUGAUUCAGUGGAAAUAUAUUUUUGCUCUGUGUGUGUAUAUGAGUGAAAGUACCACUCCAGACUUUCCAGGCAUUUUGAAAUGUUUGAGGCUUUUAAGCUCUAACAACAGCUUUGGUCUGAACUAGGUUUUAUGUGUCAGUCAAAUUUUCCUAAUCCACAUAUAGGAUUCAGGUUUGGGGAAAACUCACAUGGAGAUUGGCAUGUGUGACAAGAUGUUGUUUCAUGGUUGUCUUUCUACAUUCACCCCCCUCUUUGUGCUGAAGGAAGCUCUGAACAAGCUAAUGUUUCUACUUGUUUCCUCAGAAGUAAAUCUCCUGUAAAAGGUAAGUAUGCAGCAAGGCAGCUUUUGAUCACCUGUCUGCUCCCUAGAUGUACUAAGAGCUGUAAAAACGAGAUGUUUUAGUGUUUAUGUUAGUAUGGUAGAGCAGGGGAGCUUUGCCAGAGAUUUCUUGUUUGUUGUGUUUUUCUACUAGAUCAGAUACAGAGGUGUUGAUUAGGGGCUGCAGCUCUUGCUCCCCAAAGCAGACAUACCUUUGUCUGUCCUCUUCAGAGCUUCCUCCUUACACAGCAGAGCUGGGAAUUUAAGAGAAGUGAAGUGGAGCCAGCUCGACUGAACAUGGGAAAACAAACAUGGAAAAGAAUGUGCUAGAGAAUGAAAAAAGAGAAUUACUCUCCAGACCCAAAUUAUGCUUUGCUAGGUAGCAGCUGUCUGGCAUUCACAGAUUAAACAGUGCUCAGCUAACAUGCAGUGACAGUGAUAGCAUGUCCUCUGCUUUGCUUUGAGUGCAUCAAAUGAGGAAUUAACUCUCCCAUGCUGAAAGCCAUGAAAGUAUCUGGAAGUGUGUAUUUACUGCAAACAAACAUUUGAACUUGUCUGUUGUUUUCAGUACCUGUUCUAUGGUUUAUAUGACAAUGCAGAGUUAAUGGUGUUAAUGCUACUUUGUAAGUCAAAAAAAUGAAGUAAUUUUUCAUAAAAUGACUCUUUGAACAAAUGGAGUUUGGCUCUGAAGGGUUUUAUUACAUGCACAGUUGGUUCUCAGUGAUCUGGUGCAUUUCAUGGUUUUCAUAGCCUCUUCUAAAGGUAAAGAUUUGUGUGGUCUUUUGUCUUCCAGCAUUCUAUGUGGAAGCCAGGGAGCCUGAAGGAAGCUGUGAAGCUAGUGGAAUGAUUCCCUGUGUUGCUGAAACUGUGUCAGCUGAGUGCUGCUGAUGGCAUGGUGAGAUGUGUUGAGGAGCAGCUGCGAGGGUGUCCGAGGGCAGGGGGACCGUGCUAGGAGCUGGGCUUGCACCACCAUGGGCCAGUGUGUCACCAAGUGCAAGAACCCUUCUUCUACCCUUGGCAGCAAAAAUGGGGAGAGAGACUCUGGCAGCAAAUCCCACAGCAAGAGAAGUGCAGUCCACAAAGACGACCACGGCUCAGCUUGCGGGAAGGCUUCAGGAGACAUUCUUGUGAAUGGGACAAAGAAAACAGAUGCUGCUGUGGAGUCCAGUCAGCCUCCAACGUUUUCUGGAGAUACAAAGAAAGACUCUGUUUGCAGUGCAGAGGAAUCUUCUCUUCAGAGGAUUGGGGAGUUGUUCAGGAGGUAUAAGGACGAGCGGGAAGAUGCCAUACUGGAAGAAGGAAUGGAACGAUUUUGCAAUGACCUCUGUGUUGAUCCCACUGAAUUUAAAGUACUAGUUUUGGCUUGGAAAUUCCAGGCUGCUACCAUGUGCAAAUUUACAAGGAAGGAGUUUUUUGAAGGCUGCAAAGCAAUAAAUGCAGACAGCAUUGAUGGCAUUUGUGCAAGGUUCCCCAGCCUCCUAAACGAAGCCAAGCAGGAGGAUAAAUUCAAGGAUCUCUAUCGUUUCACCUUCCAGUUUGGCCUGGACUCUGAAGAAGGACAGAGGUCGCUACAUCGGGAAAUAGCCAUUGCCCUUUGGAAAUUAGUCUUCACCCAAAACAAGCCCCCUAUUUUGGACCAGUGGUUACACUUCCUAAUCAAGAACCCCUCAGGAAUCAAGGGAAUCUCCCGGGACACGUGGAACAUGUUUCUAAAUUUUACUCAGGUGAUUGGACCGGACCUUAGCAACUACAGCGAGGACGAGGCCUGGCCGAGCCUCUUUGACACCUUUGUGGAGUGGGAAAUGGAGCGGAGGAAAAAGGAGGAGGAAACCAAAAGUGUUCUGUCCUCGGACACAGAGGGGCCGUGUGCGGACGGACAGACCUAGCAGCAGGGACUAAAGCAGCUCCUUGCCCUUCACACAAUGUAAACUCUGGAUGUUUCUGGAAAUUACCGAGGCUCCAGAUUUUUCUACUUUACACCUUUUUCUGCCUUGUCUUUGAAAGGGCUCUAAAAUGCUGUAUCAUGUUUUAGGCACUUUCUUAAUUUUGGUUAUUCCUUUUACUCUUGCCCUGAAAUAUUUGACCCUGGCUACAAGUUAAGCAUUUUUUUUUAUUUUAUUUUAUUUUUAAGACUUCAGAUUAGUAUAAGUAAGUCUGAUACUUCUUGCACAAUGUAGAUCUUUUUAGUUAGGUUAAAUUAACAUUGCUAAAUUAUACAGUGCCAGAUUAAGUUUUUUCAUACUACAUCUGUCAGGGCAGGUCUGUACUGUGUGUAGUGCUGUUUACAUUGUUGAAAUUUUAGGCUGUAAUAAUUUUAAGGUUUUAUACCAAGAUGAACAGCAGUGUUAACUAUAAAUGCAUUAAUCCUGGGUAAUAAGGCUCUAAAAACCAACAUAAGCAACAGCUUUUUGUAAUAUGGCUAAUUCCCAUUUUGAGCUAACUCCUAGUGAAUGAGUCCAGAUCAUUCCUUUUUUGGACUUUCAAACUAAAUGUUGGGAUUGUUUUAUAAAAUUACUGUACCUGUCAGUCAACUGAGUGGUAGAUGACGAUUUAUAUCUAAAUCUCUUUACACAUUCACAUAAUAAAAGAGCAGUACUACCUCAGUUUUAUUGAAAGUGGACUUGUUGAUGGACUUCCAUUUUCUCUGGAAGUUGUAUUUUUGUGGUUACAUGAGAAUAUUUUUACUUGACUAAAAGAACCAAAGGUUCUGCUUCUUAAGUUUGCUAAACAUUGAGAGAAGCAACACACAAAUCCUAAGUCUUCAAGGAAAACUGUGGUAUAAUUCUGCUUUAAUUUGUUUGAUUUAUACCUAAAGUAUUACCUUACUUGUCUGGCAAGCACAGUACUUCUAUGUAAGGAACUAUCUUUUGCAUUAAUAUUGACAAACCAAUUUUUUAAAGCAUAUGUUUAAUUGCUAAAUUGCAGUUAAUACUCCACACUUUCUGGAGCAACAAUAUCGGCAUCUGAUGACAAAGUGAAUUCUUAAUGUGUUCUUAAUGACAGCAGUGUAGAUGAGUCAUUUUUAGACUGAUUUGAUAAUAUUUGGAUAGGAGUCAAUUUAUUAUUUUACAAUGCCUGUAUUGGGACUAUUUGCCUGUUGAAAUUGUUGUGACUUAAAGGGAGUUUUAUUAACACUGGUUGAAACUUUUUUGGUUAUUGAUGCUACCUUUUUUAAUUUUAGUAUGUCAACUUUUUUACACCUUUUGGUAAAAGGUUUGAUUGCCAAGGCUUUCUGUAUAGCCAAGUGCUGGCUUAAUGAAUUUGAUACACUUCUGUUACACACCUUUUAUUUUCAAAGCUGCAUUUCAGGAUCAUAAACCAACUGAAAAAACAAAACAAAAGCCUAGACAGACAUCCAUAGCAUCUAAUGACUUUUGUGAUAAAAGGGUUUUAAAACUAAAGGGAAACAGGUUUUAAGUGGUGAGCUUGUCACAGGUCCAGGGUGUUGUGCUUUGCACAUCUGUUGUGCCCCACAGGGGUUAGCAGAGAGAGGAGCAGGAUCUACCCAAAUUCUGGGUCUGCCUGUGCUGGUGUGCAGCCCUGCAGUGGCUUGGCUUGGAGGUCAUAAAUCACUAACAAAAUGUGGGUAAUGCAGACUGUUUAAAAACAAACCCACAAGCCACAGAUAGCAUCUCUUUCAUCUAAUAAAAGGAGAGUUUGGUCCAUGCUGCUCUUGCUGGAAGACAAGCUGUGGAAAACAAAUGUGGCUGUUUUAGAUGCCACUGAAUCUGUCCCUUUGCAGGAGAGCCCUGAAGUUGCUGUUUUAUGGGUAAAUACACCCAGAGCUUUGUCCUUGCUUCUCUAACUUUCUGUGGCACAAAAGUGUUUGGCAGCAAAACCUUAUUCUGAUUUGGUGAGCAAAGCAGCCAAAGCACUCCUGCUGGAAUCGUUGAAUUUAUGGUGAGACUUUUGCUGGUGCUGUUAUUUUUAAAAGACUAAAAUAAAUUCCCCAACAGAGGCUGCUUUGUUAGGAAAAGUUCCAAAUGGAGACUGAUUUGAUAGUAAAUGAGGACUGUAUUUGUAAGUUUGAGGCUCUUCAUUCAUUCAGCUAUUAAAUGCUUUGUUCGUCACUUAAUUUUUUUUUUCCCCUAAAGGAAAUUUAAAAUGUCCAGAGUGUGAAGAGUAACUGUUCAAAUGGGUAGCUCACCAGAUGGCAGCUUCAGAUUUACACCCCAGCAUGCAGCAGCCCCAGAGGAUGAGGCUCUUUAAGGAAGGUGUUUAUCUUGUGGCUGGAAUGUGGACAGCAGUGAGGAAAUCAAUCUGUAGCACAUCAGGCUCAGCCAUUUUAAGGUAUCCGAGGUAACACAGCUGCUUUUUAAAGGCAGAGGUGAACACACAGGAAGGGAAAAUCUGGUUUCCUGUUGGGGAAAGGACAUACCAUUGCCCAUGAGUUCAGUGUGGGGGACAGCCCUGCUCCUGUUCUGCUUCCAGCCAGGCAGGAGCAGCCCCACCCACUGGGCAGGGAACUUGCAAAAAUAGCCAAAUGAUCUAUCUAGGGAAGUAUCACUUAUCUUUAGCCUAAUUUUAGUCCUUUAAUUACCAUUUACAGAAUGCAAACCAGACCUGUGUCAGUUUAAACUCCUGAAGCAGGAGCUGGAGGUGCAGCUCUUGGGCAGUGCUGGCAGAGUGGGGCUGCCAGACCUUCUCUAGGAUUGCCUGGUGAUUCUGUGAUCCCAAACGAGACUGCUGCACUCUGUAAUGCUGGGCUGAGGGAAUGGGCUUUGUGUGUGUCUCUGAGAAGUCUUUAAUAAUAUUGGAGCCUCUGAAAAUAUGCUUGUUUAAUGGUUAAACUGUGAAUAUCUGUGGAACAGGCCAAAUACAUUCAUUCUUCAUUUUUAUAUAAUUUAAUUCUUCAUUGUGUAGGGCACAGGACUGUAAGUGAGCAGUGAUGCUGAUGAAAUCCUUGAAACCAUUGCAACUGUUUAGUUUUUUUUAAAAAAUAGAUUAUGCAUUAGGAAACUUUAUGCAUGUAGUGAAUCUGCUGCAACUUGGGAUAAAUAACUAUAGAUAACUAUAUAGAUAGUUGGAGUAAUAUACUGGAAAACUGGUCUGGUAUCCACAAUCUGUGGCAUUUUACUGCCUUCUCUUAUAUGCAAAGAAAUACAACUCCUGUAAACUUUAGCCCCUAGUAAUAAAACACUGACCACCUACACCACAUUAUAGCUUGUAACACCUGUAACAUUUGGCUUCCAGAUCAACUGGAGGCUUAAUUGUGCUAAUUUUCACUUGUGUGGGUGCAUCUCUGAGGUUAAAGACUAUCUAUUGAUUCAAGUAAGGGUUUGAAAGAUCCUGGCCAUAAAACAUGAGUGAGGCAAUGACUUGGAAUUGAACACCAAAUUGUGAGUUUAUUUGCUGCUGGUGCUAUUCUACAUGGAGAAUUACAGCGUUUUAGCACUGUGCAAUCCUGGUGAAAGGAGCACAGGUGUGGCAGGUGGCACAGACACAGCUGGGGCUGGGAGCUGCUCCCCAGGCUGGCCCAGCAGGAUCAGCUCUGAGCCAGGACAGGUCUCAGGCAGGCACAGUCAGAGCGUGGAAGGAGCUCAGGCUGCUCUGCUGGGGCUGAGGGGCUCAGGCUGGUGCAGAGGGUGCAGCCCUGCUCCUGUGGGCAGUGCUGGGGCAGCAGCAGCUCUGCUGGCUGACUUGAUUUCGUUAUUUCAGUCUGUGUGUCCAUCAGAGCCUGGAGAAGCCGUGGAUCCAGGACUAGCCUGUCACCUGUGCUUCCCAGGCCUGUGCACUGAGCAGUGACCUUAGACUUUGUGUGACACUGUCAGCAUGAGCCUUGUUUCCAAAAAAAGCCCAACAAAGUUAAAGAAACACCAUGUAGUUAAUAGGCACCUCAGCUGUGGUACAGUUUGUUGGCUGGGGUUACAUCAUUCCCAUUCUUUGGUAAAUAAUAGUCAUUGUGAGUUUCUGGCUCUUGCAGCCUUGCAUUCUGCAGUGUGAUGCUUUUCUAGAAGGUCCUCAGUAAAUUGGGCACCCAGUUCUUCCCUUGAGCCCACUCUGCUCAAAGUAUGUGCAUGUGAAUUUAGCCUUUCAUAUUAAAAAGGAAGAUGCUUAACCUGAAACUCAAAAUUCUUCAGGGCAGUGCUUCAAUAUGGAGAAAAACAUAUUUUUUCAAAUAAGUAUUAAAGCAAAGUGUCUGCUUAAAUUUUGUUGUGUGCAAACAAACCCACCAGUGUUAACAUUUUCUCUCUGGUCUAUUGAAGAUUGAACCUUUGGUUUUAUAGUGUGAACUGAAGUGAAAUCCAUGAGAUUGUAAGACAGAAAGAAGGCUGUAACUCCUUCACCAUGAAGUACGUAGGUAUCUCUACCUCUUGUUCUUAGACUUGAAUAGUUUAAGGCUACCAUCCUUUCGUCCCGGGAUUUUAUGCCUGGAUGAGUAAUCUAUUUUUUUUAAUUGACCCAAGUUAAGUAUUAUCUCUUUGCCAUAGUUUUUGGUGUCCUGUGUUUAACCUGUAUGCAAAGGACCCUUUGGAAGGGGGCCGGGUCAAGCUGCAAACCAGAGUUGGUCCUCCCGGGUGCUACUUUUGGAGUGCAAUAGAGCAGCUGAGCAGAGCUCCGUGCCUGUGGCUCAGGGCUUCUGUCACCACACGUCCUCUUCCCUGGUCAGGCUGCCUGCACUGACAGUGAAUUGAAGAUGGAGCAGCUGCUCCCCAAGAGGGAGCCAUCAGCCUUUUCAUUUGCCCUUGAAAAGCUUUAGGAACCCACCUGAUGCAGUGCCAUGAGUGUAUUUUUCUUUUAAUCAAAAAUACUGUGUUUUGUUCCAUGUUGGACUGGACUUGUAACCACCCAGCAAAGAUGGGAGCUGCAAAAGUGCAAAGGCCACACGCAUCCUUUUUGUCCCUGAGGUCAGAAUCCUGCUCAGGAUGAAACCCUUGUGCUUGAGUGAAGCUGGAGUGUUCUCAAGAGAACUGGAGAUGCCAGAGUGGCUUUGGUGCUCAGCUGUGUUCAUUGAUGCAUUGGGGGUGUUCUUCUGCAUGCAACACAUCUGUGCCCUUCCUGUCCUCCCCCAGAGCAAACUGCAGCACAGCUCCUGCCACAGCAAAUCCCACAUCCUGCAAUGCUGGGGCAGCUGCUGCUGCAGGAUCCCUCCAGUGCUGCUUUGGGGUGUGACCUCUUGCACUAUCAGGAGGGGAAUCUGUUUCAAGAGAACAGGGGGACAUGUGAGACAGCAGGUAAAAAGAGCAUGUGUGUUCUUGUCCUAACAGCUUGCCUUAAAUCACUGACAUUGCAGCAGUUCCUUGCUACUAUUGCAAUCCUCAGUCUCUGAAAAUCCAACAGGUUCUCUAGGUAAUACUGUUUUUUGUUUGAUUUUUAAUAAGUUUCUAUCUUUGCAUAAUUGCACUCUUCAGAUAAGCCCUUUUUGGAUAAUGUGUCAUUUCACACACAGGAAAAAAGUCCAUCUCCAGUGUUUGUGGUGUAGUGUUUCUUUUUAUGCCCUGUAAAUUAUAUCUGGACUAAAGGUUGCCUACUGUUGAAGCAGUGUGUUUACUUGAAUGUUGCCAUUUGAUGCAGUUACAGCUGCUGACUCUUGCUCUUCUCUGGGCCUGUGAGAGUGGAGAUUGUGUGACCAGAGCUGGCAAACCUGCACAGAGGAUCAGUGGAGCUGCAGGCUGGCUGCUGCUCCCAAGAGUGUUACAGUUAAAGGACUUCACAGAUCAGUGCUCCCUAUUUGGAAGUUGUGACUUCUUUAGUCAUGCUAAACAAAGCUAUUUGAAAAUACACUUGUGUAAGUUUGAAAUAGUCUUUUAAAAGGAGAUGGGCUGGCAGGAGGGUUGGAGGGCCUCGUGCUGUAAGUUGUUGAGUAACUCAAGUUCCAGGAGCCAUGGAUGGCACUGGCAGGGCUCUGUCCUGAGCCAGCACUGCUGGGGUUUGCACUGCCUGGUCUUGAGGGCAUGAAGCAACCACAAGGCCUUGACGGGCUCUGUGGAGAAGGGUCAGCCUGGGAGCACUGCUUGGUGCAGCCUUGUUCUUUCUUGUGCAUCUUGAGGCCCCAGCUGAGCCUCAAGUCCCUCUCUGUGGAAGGAAUGUGUGUUGGUAGUGUUUGCUCCCAGCGAGGUAACUCAGUGUGACUGGGGAAGUACCAGGGGCUUUGUGUGCUGUGUGAGCACAGCUCCUGCUGGGCCUCUGGGCUGCUCAGCAAUCCAGCCAGGGUGGGCAGGGUCACAUCUGCUGCUCUUUGUGCCCGGGAGAGUUUUGCCUUUUCAGACUUAGCCAAGAGAUCACCCUGUAUGAGCCAGUUUUCUCUCUGGGAAAUGAUGAAUGUGUUGCAUGUCACAGCAGCCCCGUGGUUCCUCUUUGGGACGGCAGUAUCAGAAGUGCUGUGUAAAUGUAAUGCUUGAAAACAGCUGGAGUAAAUUCUGUUUCAUGUAGGAUCUUUAUUCCAAGGGGAUGCAGCCAAAUUUGAAACCUCAUCUAGAGGAAAAUUGGGAGAAUUCCAGGGCAAUGCAUCUGCUGAAUCCCAGUGUACUGAACUGGUUUGUAGUUUUACAGUUACCUUUUUACAUCAAAUUUUCUCACCGUCGGUGUCUGGAACAGAAUGGAAACAGCAUCUUAUGGAAUGUGCAAUCUAAGGCACAAUGCAAAUAGGGUGUGAUAAGAAGGUUGUCUUUACUUGAUAGCAAUCCUGAGUGCAAUGUUUUUGUUGUGUCCCUUUUGGAAGAGCAUUAAGUACAGUCUGAGGUUUUUCUUUUCUUACAAGCAAAGCAUUGGUUUGUCCAUUACUGACUUCUUGUGAAAUUUGUGCCAGAUGUAUAUUAAAUAUUUUGGUGCUUUUUCUAAUCCAAGCUGCCAUUCAUUUACCUGUGAGAUUAUUGUACUUCUGUAUAUUUAAAUGACCAACCCCUUAAAGAAAAAAAAAAAACAACAAAAAAAAUCCUUUAGUCACAAUGUAUCCUGACUACUGUAGCCUGUAAAUGUUCCAAAGCUUCUGGGUUUCCUGUAUUCCAGAAAGGUCAGAGGGGAGGGGAACAGCUACAGAAAUCUCACCCACCGGGAGGGAACUCGCACGCUGUUCUGUGCGUUACUGAACAAACCAGUAACAUUUGUGGUGUUUACAUAAAGACACAUUGGUGUUCACUUUUUUUGUGCUCAAGCUUUGUACAAAAUGUCUUAUUUAAAGCUGAAGUCCUUUUUACAUUUUUCAAUUAAAAAGGGACAAAUUA